AUUGCAAAGCAGGCAGCUUGAUUGGGAGGAGUCGAGAAACAAGAAUGAAUGAUCAUUGUCAGCUGCUACUGCAUCCAUAGGGAAGUGUUAGCUUGCUAUUCUCUGAGGCAAGCAGCGCUGUAGAUGCAGGUGUUAGCACUCCUUAUCAGCCUAAGUAAAGCUUUGCCUUCUAUGUUGAUGGAGUAUUCAACGACCUGGCACCAUUCAGCCAAGAAGCAGAGAGAAGCUUGAAGCAGGGGACAGCAAGUUUCAUGCAGAAAAUGAUCAUGCUAUAAGGUCUUUUACAUAUUUAUUCUGCAGGCAAUUAAAAAACCAAGCAAUUGAGGAAACAAGAUAAUACAGAAAUGGGAAAGUUAAAAUUUCUAGAGACUAUAUUGUUUGUCUCCUUUGAGCCUCUAGGAUGUUUCUUUGCAUUCAUUUGUUCUGAUUCCAGUUUGGUGACCUGCACUCUCUAGACAAUGGCAAUCCACAGGAACAAUUUAUCUGAAUAAGAUGUAAAGAUCUAACAUCUCUGAAGAAUGAAUGAAAUACAGCCUUCCUAUUGGAACAGCACACCUGACUUGUCCAACAAAUCAUGGAGUGGAGGGCAUUACUACCAAGUGAUCAUUGCAGCAGAAACCAUCAUCCUUCCUGCUCUAAUUGGGAUUAUCUGCUCAAUGGGAUUAGUUGGCAAUAUCCUCAUUGUAUUUACUAUAGUAAGGUCUAGAAAAAAAACAAUUCCAGAUAUUUAUAUCUGCAAUCUGGCUGUAGCAGAUUUGGUCCAUAUCAUUGGCAUGCCCUUUCUCAUUCAUCAGUGGGCACGAGGAGGAGAGUGGGUAUUUGGCAGCCCUCUGUGUACCAUCAUUACAUCAUUAGACACGUCCAACCAGUUUGCAUGCAGCGCUAUUAUGACAGUAAUGAGUUUGGACAGGUAUUUGGCUCUUGUUCAACCAUUUCGCCUCACCAGCCUGAGAACAAGAUCAAAGACUAUUCGAGUUAAUUUAUGCCUGUGGGCUGCUUCACUUAUCCUGGUGUUUCCUGUGUGGGUCUACUCAAAAGUAAUCAGAUUCAAAGACGGUUUGGAGAGUUGUGCUUUUGAUCUAACAUCACCUGAUGAUGUACUUUGGUACACACUCUAUCUGACUAUAACAACUUUCUUUUUUCCAUUACCACUGAUAUUCAUUUGCUAUAUAUUAAUUUUAUGUUACACAUGGGAGAUGUAUCAGCAAAACAAGAAAGCGGGAUGUUACAAUACCAGUAUCCCAAGACGAAGGGUCAUGAGGCUGACCAAGAUGGUUCUGGUGCUGGUUGGUGUAUUUGUUGUAAGUGCUGCCCCCUACCACGUGAUACAGCUUGUGAAUCUUCAGAUUUCCCAGCCAUCACUGACAUUCUACGUGAGCUAUUACUUCUCUAUCUGCCUCAGCUAUGCCAGCAGUGGCAUUAACCCUUUCCUUUACAUACUACUUAGUGGGAACUUUCGGAAGCGUCUGACUCGGUGCACAAGUAUCAAGCUCAAGAUGACAGAACGUGAAGUUAACAACAUAGAAAACACACUGCGAUCAAGCUUUUAAAAGGAGUGUUUAUUCAUUGAGAGAGAGGUUACAUAUAUAUCUAUUUUUAUGAUUUAAGUGACUAAGUCUCAUUCCCUUCUCACAUACUAGUAUAACUCAGGAGUGUCUUUUUCAUGGUCAAUGGAUUUACAUUUGUGUAAAGUUAGUGAGAGAGAAGAGUCGGACCCACUAUUUGCAUAUUAGGUUAUGUGGUGGAAGGAUGCUGUACAAAAGUGUUCUUUGUUAUCGUGCAAUUGCCUCCUUAAUGAUGAAUUCUGCGAGCUUCUAAAAUGACACGAUACAGGAUAGAAGGACUGUCCACAGUUGGUAUGCUCAG